AUGGACACAACUCAAGAUAUUUCAAAAAUUGAUCAAGUGAGUUUUGUAGUGAGAUAUGCCGACUUCAUCAAGGAUAACGACAAUGUAAACAUUAUUCGUGAUGUUGUUAUAAGGGAAGUUUUUCUAGGGUUUGAAGAAUGUAUGGGGCAAUCUGCUGAAGACAUGGUGAAACAAUUAUUAUUAUUCUUUGAAAAUAAUAAUUUGAGCUUUGAAAGACUACGAGCUCAAGGCUACGAUGGUGCGGCUAACAUGAGUGGCGUCUACAAUGGCCUGCAGGCCAAAAUUUUGGAAAAACAACCCAACGCGUUAUAUGUACACUGUGCUGCACAUAAUCUAAACCUAGUUAUCAAUGACUCUGUAAAAAUUUCAAGGGAGUUACAAAAUUUUUACGAUUUUGUAGAAAGUCUUUAUGCAUUUUUUGCACAUAGCAUAAAACGAUGGGCAGUAUUGACGGAAAUGUUCGAAUCCAAGAAGCACACAUUAAAACGAUUGUGCCCAACGCGAUGGUCGUCUCGUUAUGAUUCUCUUCAUAGCUUAAGGUUUCACUAUCGAGAAAUUUUACAAGUUUUGACAAAACUAACCCUAACAAGCUCGAAAGCAACGGAACAAAAUGAAGCACUGGGAUUAAAGAAAAAACUGGAAAAUUUUGAAACAGUUGUAUUGAUAGUGAUGGAACAUAAAAUCUUAAGUAUCACAAAACUUGUGUCCAAUGCACUGCAGAGUAAAAAUCAAGAUAUUCAAAGAGCGUCAAAACUUUUGGAAACUGCUAAGAAAGACAUUGCAGAAAUGAGGAACAGUUUUGAGGAAGUUAUUAAUGAAGCAGCUGAUUUAGCUCGUGGUUGGGGAAUCAAUCCAAGUUUUAAAGAACACAGGAUCCGCAAAGUGAAAAAACAAUUGGAUGAGUUAUCAUGUGAUGAACGAUUAUUCAACGCUAAAGAAAACUUCCGUGUGUCGGUGUUUAAUAUAACGUUGGACGUUAUUAUAUCUCAACUUGAAAAUCGAUUCAAAGGGUUAAAUAGCGUAGUUGAAAGAUUUAAAGUAAUUUUUCCUUCGGUCUUGAGAGAUCAUUCUGAUGCUGAUUUGGUCCUCCUAUCUGAAAACCUGAUCAGCUUUUAUUCCAAUGAUCUAUCAUAUUCAUUUUCGCAAGAAAUUGUAAGUUUCAGGCGAGUUUACAAAGAUCAGAUAAAUGCAGACAUUUCAGUUAAUGACUUGGCGAAUUGGAGCGAGCGGCCGUCAGUGUCAGGACUGCUCUUAGCGAACAACGGGGCGGCCCCUUUGAAUGUCAGUCAAUCGUUAAAAGAUCCAUAUAAAUACCUGAACGGAGCGCGGUCUCGUACCGCCGCACCGACAGAGGAUCUGCUUCCAUCAACAAUUACAAGGGUAAGUCCGUUAAUAUUACGCCUGUUUAAAGAUAGCUGGUCUAGAGGUGAGGAUUCUAGUUCUGGAGGAACUAGUUCAUUAGUUCUAGUUCCUCCCGAGGAAUAG